CUAUCCACUUUAAUUUUGAUUAUAUAUUGGCCUUAGAAGUUGGCAAUAUAUUCUACCAAGUGAUAAAAAAUAACAACUAUCAUAAACAUUAUUCAAAGAAAUAAUGGCUUCUCACUUAACCUUAUUGGCCAUAGUUGUAUUUUCAUCCUUGGUUGUAGGAAGUUUAAGUAGUAGUGUACCAGUUGCGCCUGGGCUAUCACUCUCGUUUUACUCUUCCAAUUGCCCGAAACUCGAAUCCAUUGUUAGAAAUCAUCUUAAGCAAGUUUUCAAGAAGGAUAUCACUCAAGCUGCUGGUUUGCUUCGCCUUCAUUUUCAUGACUGCUUUGUUCAGGGAUGCGAUGGAUCUGUAUUGUUGGAUGGGUCAGCAAGUGGUCCAAGUGAACAAAACGCACCACCAAAUUUGUCACUAAGGAAAGAAGCAUUUAAUAUUAUAAAUGACCUUCGUGCCCUUGUCCAAAAAGCAUGUGGCCAGGUUGUUUCUUGCGCAGAUCUCACUGCCCUUGCAGCUCGUGAUUCCGUUGUUCUGUCAGGUGGACCAAACUAUAAUAUCCCAUUUGGAAGAAGGGAUAGCCUAAACUUUGCCACAAAAAAUGUAACACUAGCCAAUUUACCUAGUCCUUCUAGCAACACCACAACCAUUCUCAACUCCCUCUCAUCCAAAAGGUUUGAUCCCACUGAUGUCGUCGCCCUCUCCGGGGCACACACCAUUGGUCGCAGCCAUUGCUCCUCUUUCUCCAGUAGACUCUACCCGAAACAAGAUGGGACUAUGGAUCCAUCUUUUGCAAAGAACCUUAAAGUCACUUGUCCAACGUCAAACACCGAUAAUACCACAAAUUUAGACAUUCGUACUCCUAAUGUAUUUGACAAUAAAUACUACAUCGACCUUGUUAAUAGGCAAGGCUUGUUUACUUCCGAUCAAGAUUUGUUCAUGGAUUCAAGAACCAAAGGGAUUGUCAAUAGUUUUGCAAACAAUCAAAGUUUGUUUUACGAAAAGUUCGUAAAUGCGAUGUUAAAAAUGGGACAACUUGGUGUGUUGACGGGUAAACAAGGGGAGAUUCGUGCAAAUUGCUCCGCAAGGAAUACUAAAAGUGUGGACUUGUGGUCUGUGGUUGAAGAGGGUGAACAAGGAAGAUUAUCACAAUUUUAAGAUAUUUUUUUAAUUACUAAGUUCUAAAAUGGAAUUGUGAGAAAUUGCUUGUGCUAGUUAUAAGUUUUGUAUUUAGUCUCGGCUAUAAGGCAUCAUGUCAUGUUUGUAAUGUUUGUUUAAUACUCCGAACUCUAUGAUUAUCAAUAUGGUGUGUUUAGCUUAGCAAUUAACAUUUGGAGUUAUUGUGUUUGA